AUGCCAAAGGGCGCCAAUCUUGCAGAUAAGACGCAGAUGUGGCAGGCAGCCGUACCGAGACCCCGCGUCAAUCGCCAAGAAGCUAGGGUCAACUGCUACACGUUUAAGGACGGAAUUGGUCAGGACUCCCGUCCAGGCCCGCGAAAUUUUGCAAGUUAUACUCGCGGUUCCGGGAAUGGUGUAAUGCCAUGGCUGGGUGCAAGCGGGUCUGAUGCAAAGAUUAUUGUUUCUCCCAGUGUCUAA